CGUGGCGCCGUCCUCGCGCGUACCGGCGCUCUGCAGGGCAGUCUGGCGUUGUGAGGACCCCGCGAGGACCCCUGAGCGGCAGCUUUGGAGUGCCAAAGCUUCUGUGUCACGCCGAAUCCCUCCAACCUAUUUCUGUAACGCGGAAAAGCUGCUGGACUGCCUCCUCUGCAAGAAAGAGUCACCAGGAUGGCAGCUCGGCGCGCGCUGAAAGCUGUCCUGGUGGAUCUCAGUGGCACGCUGCACGUCGAAGACUCGGCCGUGCCGGGUGCGCAGGAAGCUCUUAAAAGGCUGCGUGGCGCUCCGGUUACAAUUCGGUUCGUGACCAACACCACCAAAGAGUGCAAGAAGGACCUGCUGGAGAGGCUGACCAAACUGGGCUUUGACAUUGCAGAACAUGAAAUCUUCACAUCUCUGACGGCAGCCAGAAAUCUUCUGGAGCAGAAGCAGGUGCGGCCGCUCCUCUUGGUGGAUGAGAAGGCCCUGCCUGAUUUCACAGGGAUCGCCACUGAUGACCCCAAUGCAGUGGUCAUAGGACUGGCUCCUGAACACUUUCACUAUGACAUGAUGAAUAAAGCUUUUCGGUUGCUUUUGGAUGGUGCUCCUCUUAUAGCUAUACAUAAAGCCAGGUAUUUCAAGAAAAAAAAUGGCUUGGCUCUGGGACCUGGACCUUUUGUAGCUGGACUGGAAUAUGCCACAGAUGUCAAAGCAACAGUGGUGGGAAAGCCAGAGAAAACGUUCUUCCUGGAAGCUUUACGAGGGACUAGCUGUGCCCCAGAGGAGGCUGUCAUGAUUGGUGAUGACUGCAGGGAUGACGUUGGUGGGGCCCAGAAUGCAGGCAUGCGUGGGAUUUUGGUCAGGACUGGUAAAUAUCGACCAGCGGAUGAAAACAAAAUCAAUCCAGCCCCUUACUUAACGUGUGAGAGUUUCCCAGAGGCAGUAGAACAUAUCCUGGAGCAUCUGCUAUGAGAAGUUGGAUAGUUUGAAGAAACACCUGGUUCACAUAAUUUACUCUUGCUUCCAAAAUUAAGGUCACAGGAUCAGUGCAUGCUCAUCAGAAACCUAGCCAUAAGCUCCUUCCCAUCAAGGUGUGAAAGGAAGAGUAGUGGUGCAUGGCCCCAUCGUGGUUACAACACAGCUCUUUUCCUGCACUCAUUUCUUGAGGCAGUGAUUAGGGACCUCGGAUGAUCGGCAGGACAGGUAGCACAGGAAGGCUACAGCACAACUGCUUUCCUGAAGGGUGCACGGAACGUGGUACAGAGUUCUGUUUUCAGUUUCCAUGAGAUAGCUGAUGGAAAGCCCACUCUGAAAAGUGUUAAGAAUAAACUAAACUGGAAAACUCACUGGAAGCACUCAAGUAAACUGUAAAGCCUAACAACACCUUAGUCAGUCUGCAGUGAUCUCUCUGUUCUAAUUUCAAGGCAGAGAUAAGAGCCUCUAGAAGUGACUUCUAUAUUAAAAUAGUGCCAUUGUUAAUAAUAACUACUGUUAGCAUCUUUACUCUCGUUGGACCAGAUCCUGGUUUUUGUUUUUCAGAUUUUGCAUAAAAUUAAAAGUGUCAGCAGUGUACAGAUGUUUUAAUUAGAUGCUGUUAUUAAAAAGAAUGGUACUCCAACAAAAAUCUGAUAUUAAAUGCCUUAGACUUUGAAUUUUUAAAGUAAGUUAGACUUCAGCAGGGUCCUAUUAACGCUACAGUUCCAAAAUGUCACUGUUGUCUUUUGUUUCUUUUUAAUGUUAUGGGAAAAACCCUUUGUGAGCCGUGGGGACAUAUUCAAGUUUUUACACAGUUGGUUAGUAGAGCUGUAAAAUGAAAUUUAAUUCUGUCGUGUGCGUUGCUUCUCCUCUGUGUUAAACACACCAAUAUGAACCAACUCUGUAAUGAUGGGAAAUAGCUUUUCUGGUCCAUUUGCAAACUGUAAUAAUCAAAGUCCUUUACAGUUGUUUUAUAGUGCUCCUGAGUCUUAAAUUACUGGAUUGUAAUUAUACAGUACUGAAGUAUUAAGCUUAUUGAAAAUAUAGGUUUGUGUUAAUGAGCCAUGCUCAUUCUUUGUUAACAAAAAAUCAUUGUGAUGAAUGAAUGGGAAGCUUGCCUUAAAUGAAAGAUAGUCUGGCUGCAGCCAGGUGGUGGGUUACUUACAGUUAGGUAAACCUACAGCUGUGAAUAAAUUUAAACAUCCGCUGUUCUGCCAGCA